CUUGCAGGUACAUGUGACAGCACUGCAGCUAUGAGUGGAAUUUUAAAGAGGAAAUUUGAAGAAGUCGACGGCUCCUCGCCCUGCUCUUCCGUGCGGGAAUCGGAUGAUGACGUUUCUAGCAGUGAAAGUGCUGACAGUGGUGACAGUGUCAACCCUUCCACUUCAAAUCACUUUACCCCUUCAUCGAUCCUGAAGAGAGAGAAACGGAAGCGGACGAAGAAUGUCCAUUUUAACUGUGUUACGGUGUACUACUUUACGAGACGGCAGGGCUUCACGAGCGUCCCUAGCCAAGGAGGCAGCACCCUGGGCAUGUCCACGCGUCACAACAGUGUGCGCCAGUAUUCCCUUGGAGAGUUUGCCAUGGAGCAAGAAAGGCUCCAUCGAGAGAUGCUGCGGGAGCAUCUGCGAGAGGAGAAGCUGAACUCGUUAAAACUCAAGAUGACUAAAAAUGGCACAGUGGAAUCAGAGGAAGCAAACACUUUGACGCUCGAUGACAUUUCUGACGAUGAUCUAGAUCUUGACAACACAGAAGUAGACGAGUACUUCUUUCUACAACCUCUGCCAACCAAGAAGCGAAGGGCGCUGCUGCGGGCCUCUGGCGUCAAGAAGAUCGAUGUGGAGGAGAAGCACGAGCUGCGAGCCAUCCGCCUUUCGAGAGAGGACUGCGGCUGCGACUGCCGAGUCUUCUGUGACCCCGAAACCUGCACUUGCAGCCUUGCAGGCAUAAAAUGCCAGGUGGAUCGAAUGUCUUUCCCAUGUGGUUGCACUAAAGAAGGAUGUAGCAAUACAGCAGGCAGGAUUGAAUUCAACCCCAUCCGUGUCCGGACUCACUUUUUGCACACCAUCAUGAAACUUGAACUGGAGAAAAACAGGGAGCAGCAAGUCCCGGCACUGAAUGGCUGCCAUGGGGAGAUCAGCGCUCACAGCAGUUCAAUGGGGCCCGCCGCCCACCCACGAGAGUAUUCCGUUCCAGACACCUUUGAAAUGGAAGCAGAACCUCGGGCGACAGUGAUGCAUCUGCAGUCAGCUGACGACUUGGACUGCCCAGGGGAGGAGGAGGAGGAAGAGGAGGAGGAGGAAGAUGCUAGCAGCUUCUGCAGUGGAGUUACUGAUUCCAGCACACAGAGUUUAGCGCCCAGUGAAACAGAUGAAGAUGAGGAGGAGGAGGAGGAAGAUGAGGAGGAGGAGGAGGAAGAGGAGGAGGAAGAAAAAGUUGAUGAAUUUGUGGAAGGAUUGGGUGCUCAUACCGACAUGGUACAAGCACUUCCUUCCGUCCUUUGCUAUUCCGAUAGCACCACCAUGCAUGAAAACCACUCCAAGGCCUCCUCCUACUUCGCCAACUCUUCAUCGCUGUAUUACCAAAUAGAGAACCAUGGCCCGGGCACGCCUAAUCAGAUGCGCGAGACUUAUUCUGAAAGGGAUACUGUUAAGAAUGGUAACCUUUCCCUGGUGCCUUAUAAUCCCACCUCGGAACAGUUUAUUGACUACACAAGGCAAUCGGAGGAAAGUUACGGCAGCUCACUUUAUCCUUCUUUGAAUCCGUCUGUCAUAGUGUGCUGUUCAUCUUCAGAAAACGAUAACGCCGGCCCAUGUAGCGGUUUAUACGCGGAACACCGGCCACGGCACUCCCAAGUGGAGUUUCCCUCGUACUUGAAAGGCCCUGCUCAAGAUGGAUUUGUUUCCGCUCUGAAUGGUGGCGCUCACCUGCAGGACCAUCCUGCCGAGAAGUCACUCAGCCUCUCGGAAAAGAGCAGACUGCAUGACGAGUGUAUCAAAUCACCUGUCAUGGAAACGGUACCUGUUUAA